AUGGCCGCCGCCACCAAGCCCACGAUCGUCAUCGUCCCCGGCGCCUGGCAGCUCCCGAACGCCUGGGACGAGUUCCGGGCCGUACUCGCCCGCGCCAACCACCAGUCGUACCAUGUUGCCCUGCCCAGCGUGGGCGGCACCGAGCUCCCCCUAACCGGCCUUGCCGAGGACGUUGCCGCCGUCCAGCACGUCGUUGGCGGGCUGGCCGACCAUGGCGACGAGAUCAUCCUGCUCUGCCACUCGUCCGGUGGUGUCGUCGGCAGCAACGCCGUCCAGGGCUACGACCGUGCGACGCGCCAGGCUGCCGGCAAGGUCGGUGGCGUCGUCCGCGUCGUUUACCUGUCUGCCUUUAUGCUCCCGGUCGGCAAGAGCUUGAUGGACAUGUUGGGCGGCCAACCUCUGCCGUGGAUGAUUGUUGACAACGACCGCGUCACUGGCGACCCCGCGCAGAUGCCCGAGAUCGGCUUCAACGACCUACCGGCCGACGAGAAGGCGUACUGGGCCACGCAAGUGACCUGGACCUCGGCGGCCCUGUUCGCUUCCCCGUCCCAGUUCGCUCCCUGGAACAACGGGAUCCCGUGCUCCUACAUUUUCCAGACCAUCGACAACGCCCUCCCGCUCAACCUUCAGCAGUCCAUGGCCCAGCAGAUCCAGGCCGCGCCCAACCCGCUCGAGGCCAGCAUUGAUGCCGGUCACUGCGGCUUCCUCAGCAUGCCCGGGGCGCUUCUGGGUGCUCUGAAGGAUGUCAUUGGAGGAAACUAA